AUGAAGAACUAUGAAUAUCCUCAAGUCCGACCUCCUACAUCCUUACAGCCACCGCGUUUUCCAUCCCAUGACAAUCGUUUCUCUUGGAUGGACGCAACAGCAGAUGAAGAACAUCGCUUGUGGACGAGAAACACACGGAGGCCUUCCAACAUAGCCGCACCGGCAGCCUUGUCACCGUUAGAAGAAACGUCGGCCCAACCGAUGCCGACCAUGAAUACCCCCCAGCAAGAUCACGAACACCCUCCAUAUCCUUACCCUGGUCACGAGCCACUGACACAAUACGCCAAUGAUUCCUCUGUACAACAACAUCCCAUCUCUUCCCCUCCCCAGUCCCAACCUCAGCCAGCUCAAAGAGUUCGCAGCCAAGCCACAUACUCCAUAAUGCCCUUUAUUCCGGAACCCACCAAGCACGCUGUCCCAAAAGACGAGCCUGCUGCAAGUAUUGCACCAGAUGCAAACCCCUUGACCCCUACCACACCGAAAUUCAAUCGACCUAGCACCAAUAUGGCCAUCAUUCCUCCUCCCGACCCCUCACAAUAUACCAUUAGCUCCUUCACACCCAGCCCCCAGGUGAUUCGAGGAGGCACUUGGCAGCAUGGACUGGGUUCUUGUGCUGAGCCAACGACAUGUUUGACUGGACUGUUUUGUCCCUGCAUCGUCUAUGGUCGGACCCAAUACCGAUUAGGGUUGAGACAAGACAAGAAAGAUCCGACCAACAUGUUGGGCUAUACGGCGGUCAACGGGUCCUGCAUUGCUUUUGGCCUCUUGUGCGGCAUCAAUGGUAUCUUGGCCGCGAUACAACACUCAAGGGUCCGGAGGACAUACAACAUGAGUACCGAAGCCGGCAACGUCGCAGGAGACUGUCUCAAGGGGAUUUGCUGCUGCUGCUGUGUCGUUGCGCAGGACGAAAAGGAGGUUGCUUAUCGAGAGGGGCAAGCUCGAAAAGCUAGCGGCUUGAAGCAAGAAGGCUAUGUAGCUCCAACCUCCAUGGCAUAUGGGGCUCCACCAUCAUGA